GCUGGCAGAAUCAUUAGCAUGCUGUAAAAAUGCUUAGCAGUAUUUCAUCCAUCUUAACGUUCUGAGUUCAAAUUCCACCAAGGUCAACUUUGCCUUUCAUCCUCCUGGGGUCAAUAAGCUCCCAAGAUGGCCCCUAAAUCUUCCAUGUCAGCUAUUCUCUUCAUUGGGUGUCUGCUGAUACUCAAUGUCCAAGCCAAGGAAAUUGGACAACUUGUGUCAUGUUCAAUGAAGGCCUGUGUCGAAGACCCUGGCAAGUACUUCGAACUCAAUACCAGCUACUACGUUAUGCGUAGCUGCGCUGAUGGAAUGUUCUACGAUCCAUUGAGGUGUGGAUGCUCCCUUUACUAUCCUGGUUUCCUACAAAAAGUUGGUUAUACACACUAUAUUAACCUUCUCAGAAAGAUAAGGUACAUCCCGGUAGUCCACAGCGACUAAAGAGAGUUCUCCUGCUCUGUCCAUGGAUCAAAUCACACUAAAUUCAAAACAAGAGCCCGCAGAACAAUUUUAACCUUACAUUUUGUUUCCUUG